GUACCUCGAAAGCAGAUGCAGUCAUUAAUGACCUUGGCGGAGAUUUAGUUUCUUUUUGCAAAUCGCUGAAAAUGCCACCGACUGUCCUCCUUGCUCAUCGGCAUAUGUCGCCAUUGCUAAAAACAUGUCAACGGUUUCCUUUAUUGCGAUGUUAUUUGAAAUCGGAUGCUACUGCUAGUAAGAAUCCUGCUGAACGACGAAUCAAGAAAUUAAUGGCAGCUAAUCGAGGUGAAAUUGCAAUUCGUAUCUUUCGAGCAUGUACUGAAAUGAAUAUACGAACAGUGGCUAUCUAUAGUGAACAAGAUAAAAUGCAGAUGCAUCGUCAAAAAGCAGAUGAAUCAUAUCUCAUUGGUAAAAGCUUACCACCAGUAGCUGCGUAUCUAAAUAUUCCUGAAAUUAUUCAAUUGGCAAAAAAACAUAACGUGGAGGCUAUUCACCCGGGUUAUGGAUUUCUCAGUGAAAGAUCUGAAUUCGCUCAAGCAUGUGCUGAUGCUGGCAUUAUAUUUAUUGGACCACCAGCCAAAGUUGUAAAACGUAUGGGUGACAAAGUGGAAGCUCGACAGGCUGCUAUCGCUGCCAAUGUUCCGGUAGUUCCUGGUAGUCCUGGACCAAUAACUACACCUGAUGAAGCAUUAGAAUUCUGUAAACAAUAUGGAUUACCAGUAAUACUUAAAGCGGCAUAUGGUGGAGGCGGUCGGGGUAUGCGAGUGGUUACAAGGCUUGAAGAUAUACGACAAAAUUUCGAAUUAGCUUCUUCGGAGGCUUUAGCAGCUUUUGGUAAUGGUGCAAUGUUUAUUGAGAAAUUUAUUGAACGUCCUAGACAUAUUGAAGUGCAGAUAUUAGGUGAUAAGUAUGGAAAUGUUGUACAUUUAUGCGAAAGAGACUGUUCUGUUCAACGUAGACAUCAAAAAUUGGUUGAGAUUGCACCAGCGCCUAAUUUGGAUGCGGAUAUUCGUAAAUCUUUAUUAACUGAUGCAGUACGAUUGGCGUCUUCUGUUGGUUAUGAAAAUGCUGGUACUGUAGAGUUUUUAUAUGAUCAAACAAGUGGAAAGUAUUAUUUCAUUGAAGUCAAUGCACGUCUACAAGUUGAACAUACAGUUACUGAAGAAAUUACUGGUGUUGAUCUUGUACGAUCUCAAAUUCGUCUAGCUGAAGGUCGUUCACUGAGUGAUCUUAAUUUACGUCAAGAAGAAAUUGAACCUCAUGGUUAUGCAAUCCAAUGUCGUAUAACUACUGAAGAUCCAGCGAAAAAUUUUCAACCUGACUCUGGACGUAUUGAAGUAUUUCAAAGCGGUGAAGGAAUGGGUAUUCGUUUGGAUUCAGCUUCAGCGUUUGCUGGUGCAAUCAUUUCACCAUAUUAUGAUUCAUUACUAGUGAAAGUGAUUGCACGUGCAAAUGAUUUUCGUUUAGCAUCGAAGAAAAUGUUACGUUCACUGGCAGAGUUUCGUAUACAUGGUGUAAAGACAAAUAUUCCAUUCCUUAUCAAUGUUUUGAAGCAUGAACAAUUUUUAACUGGUGCUGUUGAUACUAACUUCAUUGAUGCACAUCCUGAUCUUUUCAAUUUACCAGCAUCAAAACAACGUGCUCAAAAAUUACUACGUUAUUUAGGCCAUGUAAUGAUCAAUGGACCGUCUACCAUGUUGGCCACAAAACUUAGUCCAUCGGAUGUAGAACCAACUGUCCCACCAGUUACUUAUGGCAAUGGUUACCCACCUGGUUGGCGUAAUAUCUUAAUGGAACAAGGACCAGCUGGAUUUGCUAAAGCAAUCAGGUCAUGUUCACAUUUAUUGAUUACAGAUACUACAAUGCGUGAUGCACAUCAAUCUCUUCUAGCCACACGUGUUCGUACUUUCGACCUACUGCGUAUUGCUCCAUAUUUAGCCUAUAAAAUGCCUCAACUGCUUAGCAUAGAAAAUUGGGGAGGUGCUACUUUCGAUGUAAGCAUGCGUUUCCUUCAUGAAUGUCCUUGGGAGCGUCUUGAACAACUUCGAUCUGCUGUUCCCAAUAUUCCAUUUCAAAUGCUUUUACGUGGUGCAAAUGCUGUAGGAUAUAAGAAUUACCCCGAUAAUAUUGUAUACAAAUUUUGUGAAGUUGCAGUCAAGAAUGGUAUAGAUAUAUUUCGAGUAUUUGAUAGUUUAAAUUAUCUGCCAAAUUUAAUUAUGGGUAUGGAUGCUGUAGGCGUUGCUGGCGGUGUUGUUGAAGGUUCAAUAUGCUAUUCAGGUGAUCUUUCAAAUCCUAAACUUGAUAAAUACAAUUUAAAAUAUUACUUGGAUUUAACUGAUGAACUUGUAAAAGCUGGAACGCAUAUAUUAGGAAUUAAAGAUAUGGCAGGUUUAUUAAAACCAAGCGCUGCUCGUCUACUUAUAUCCGCCAUACGAGAUCGUUAUCCAGACUUACCAAUCCAUUUGCAUACACAUGAUACAGCUGGGGCAGGUGUAGCAUGUCUACUGGCUGCUGCAGAGGCUGGUGUGGAUAUUGUUGAUGUAGCUGUGGAUAGUAUGUCUGGUUUAACUAGUCAACCAAGUAUGGGAGCUGUUGUGGCCUGUUUAAAGAACACCGAUUUAGAUACUAAUCUGUCAACCAAAGUUGUAUCAUCAUAUUCAGCCUAUUGGGAACAAACGCGUAGUUUAUAUGGACCAUUCGAGUGUACAACAACUAUGCGUUCAGGUAAUGCUGAUGUAUAUGAGAAUCAAAUACCUGGUGGACAGUAUACAAAUUUACAAUUUCAGUCAUAUUCUCUUGGUUUGGGUGAUCAAUUUGAAAAUGUUAAACGUAAAUAUACUGAAGCUAAUCAACUUUUAGGUGAUAUAAUUAAGGUGACUCCAUCUUCAAAAAUAGUUGGUGAUUUAGCCCAAUUUAUGGUACAGAAUGAUUUAACAGCUGAACAAGUAUUAGACAGAGCUGAAGAAUUAUCAUUCCCUCAGUCAGUGAUUGAAUUUUUCAAUGGUGAAAUCGGUUUCCCGUAUGGUGGAUUUCCUGAACCGCUUAGAACAAAGAUUAUGAGAGGUCAAAAAACUACCACAGAACGUGCAGGUACCUCAAUAGAACCAUUCAACUUUGAAAAAUUAGCUGAAAAUUUAAAAAAGAAAUUCAAUCGAAACUUCGAUGAACGUGAUUUAUUAUCUGCAGCUUUAUAUCCAAAGGUAUUUGAUGAAUUUGAAGAAUUCCGUAAAAUAUAUGGUCCCGUGGAUAGACUACCUACGCGUAUAUUCUUUGUCGGUCCGAAAAUUGCUGAAGAAUUCCCAGUUGACUUAGAAACAGGUAAAAUGUUACACAUUAAAACACUUGCUGUUGGUGAGCUGACUAAAUCUGGUGAACGUGAAGUAUUCUUUGAAAUGAAUGGACAACUGAGAUCAAUUCUUGUCACGGAUAAAGAGGCUACUAAAUCUAUAUCAUUCCAUCCAAAAGCCUUGAAAGGUGUUAAAGGUUCCGUUGGAUCACCAAUGCCUGGUGAACUUGUAACAAUUAAUGUUAAAGAAGGUGAUAUUGUUGAAAAAGGUCAAAAAUUAGCUACAUUAUCAGCUAUGAAAAUGGAAAUGAGUGUCACAUCACCUGUUUCCGGUUGUAUUAGAAAAAUUCAUGUAACAAAUGGUAUGAAGGUAUCAGGAGAUGAUUUAUUAUUUGAUAUAGAAUAA